AUGGAAGAUCUUGAAAUGAUACGAAAAUCCGAAAAAAUGGCUCUUACUCCUCCGUGAAAGAACAAAACAUUAGAAAUAUAUUUUUUAGGUAAAAGCCUACCAUAUACAAGCAAAUAAAAAUUUUAAUAUAAAAAAUAUUUUAUAUAUAGGUGACUAUUAUAAUGUAAUCUCUAGCUGAUUCUCUUUAAUUUUAAGCAGUUGCAUAAUAAAAUAUAAAUUUCACAAAUUUUUACCUAUUUGGGAAUUAUUUAAGUUUGAAAAAAAAUUAAAACACUCUAAUUGUUUGUUCGCUUAUGGAGGGGUGUGAGGAGUUAGAGAAGGCUUGCAAUCUGUAGAUGGAGGAGAGGAAGUAGAGUUUACUGUUAAUAAAGAAUUCAAUUUAAUGUUUAGGCCAGAAGAAAUUGAAGCAGAAUGUUCUAUCGAAAAAAAUGCUGAGGAAUAUGAAUUUGAAACCUCACUAAAUAACAAUUUUAAAAGAAGUGGCAAUAAAAAAACAUUUUUAAAUGCUUCUAAUAGUUCCAUCAAAAAUAAAGAAGAAAAUUAUAUAUGUUUAAAGGAAGCAAAUACUUUAAAGCCAAUUUCUAUAUGCAUUGAAUCACCGAAUUCUACUGUAAAAUUUGAAGAAAAAGGGGAAGCUAGCAAUAAAACUACAAAAAAUAUUGCUCUGACAUCAAAUAAUCAUAAAUUCAACAUAUCUUUAAGUACCCUAACAGAGUCGCCUUCAAUUUCAAUCAAAAUUACAGAUGAAAAAUUAUCAGAAAAAGCUCAAACAAUGACUGAGAAUAAAACUCUUUUAAGCGAAAAUCAGCUAAUCCCUAUAGAAAUAAAGCCAAAUCCAAAGGGUGAGCUUUCAGUUGAUGAAGCAUUAUUUUAUAUAGAAAUCAAGCCAUGUCCUAAAAUUGAACUUUUCUUAGAAAAAUCCACGUUUUCUACAAAUAUUAAGCCAACUUUAAAGAGGGAAAAAUUCUCCAUUGAAAAAUCAUCAGUAGCAAUUAAGCCGAGCUUAAAAAGCAAAAAAUUUUUAAUUCAACAGCAAACGUCUUCAAUUAGCAUCGCACCAGAAAAUGCUACAGUAACUAAUGUGAUUUCUAACAAGCCAGCUUUAGAAGCUUCUCCUAAUCCAAAAACUCCUGAAAAAGUUGAAAAACAAGUGGAAGAGGUUAAAUCCCAGAAAACUAGCAAGAUCUCCAGUUCAGCUACAACUUUGGUGAAUAUAGAUUCUUCUCCAAAAACUCCACAUACAGCAUCUUCAUCUCCAGAAAGAUAUCAAGAAAGUAAUUAUUACUACCCUCAGACCUAUACAACACCAUCAUAUUCUUACCUUCCUUCAUGCUAUAUUCAAUCUUCAAUCCCGAUAUCUUCUACUUAUUAUGAUUAUCCUUAUGCAAGUAGCACCCCUAGCUGGGAAGAGAGUUUUACAGGAAGCCCAACAAGGGACUCGAACGGAAACUUAUAUGGACGCAAAAAGAAAGAUGGGACACCAGAUAUGAGAUUCAAAGAAAAUUAUGCUUAG